UGAAAGUGCAGUCUAGUAUUACUUUGUCUAUGUUUCGUUCUGUGCCAUAUUUAAAAUUAAUUGAACUUCGUACUUGUCAUUAUAUGACAAUUCGUAAACAAACAAAAUUUGACAAACAACAUAACCAAAAUAGGAGAAACGGAGGAAACAAUAAUAUCAAAAUGAAUGUAAAAGAUAAAUAUAUAGCUGGGCCCAAAAUGAAUUCAACAAGUUUAUAUGUUACCACUACGCAAAUAAUAUUGAAAGCAGAUCCAAAAAAUUCAAAUUCAUGGCAAGAUCUUUAUAGACUGAUACCAUAUUUACGAAAUUCUUUGUGUUGUGUAGUUUGUUCAAAUUUAUUAGUAGAUCCAUAUUCGCCAACAAUAGCGCAGUGUCAGCAUCACAUAUGUAAACUAUGUAAAGGGGGUCGAAAAAAAAUUAAACCUGCUUGCGAGGGUUGCAGAGACUGUGUUGAUUAUUCAGAAAAUAAAAGAUUACGGAUAUUAUUACAAUGUUACAAAAAAAUGUGUAGUUCUUUAAUAAGUUCGCCUUUACUAAAAUGCAUUUCAAUGCAGGAGUCAGAGCCGGGUACAGGCUUUGAAAGGGGGGCAAGUAAUUUAUUAUCAUUAAUAAAAGAGGGAGCUCUUUUUGAAGAUGAUUAUAAAAGUAAUGGAGGUUUACCAAAAUCCACAUAUUCAAUACUACCAUGCAUUUAUACUAAUACACAAAGUAAACCAAACAAUGAAAAACCUAUUGUUCUAACUCCAAACAUACAAAGAUCUUCAUUUUACUCUGUUUUAUAUCCUGGAAAUGGAAGUAAAAUUACCCUUAAAAGAAAAACAAAAGAAGGAAGUGGAACUGUAUCCAAAGCUCUUGUAACAAAUAGUAGGCCAAAAGAGCUUUCAGAAAAGACUUUAUUCAAAAAGCCAUGCACUGUAAAACCCAAAAAAGGCUGUAGAUGUGGAAAUGCAACAGCCACUCCAGGAAAGUUGACGUGUUGUGGACAAAGAUGUCCUUGUUAUGUAGAUAGUAAACCAUGUAUAGAAUGUAAAUGUAGGGGGUGCAGAAAUCCUCAUAUUAAAGAAGGUCAAAAAGUGAUACCACAUAUUCCUGAUAUUCAAAUCCAGCUUCCAACAGUAACAACGACCACUACCAUUUCCAAUAAACCCCAGGUAUCUUCAUCAAAAAUAUCAGAUAUUAAAAUAGAAGACAUUGAUUUGGACGAACAAUUUGGAAGUUUUGGUAGAAUAGGCGUAGCUGAACACUUCAAAUCAUUUGACUUUGUAGGUGGUUAUAAUGUCCCAUUAUCAGCAGACAUUUUACCAGUAGUAUGUAAUGAAGAUAAUGCUGAAAUGAACAUUAUGUGACAGAUGAACAUGAACACUUCUAGAUGUAAAUUUUAAUUUACCAUAGUUCCUAAAAAGAGUUACAAAAAGUUGUUCUGAAUCAGGAACUUCUUGCCCAAAUUUAUUUUUUAUCCGUGCACAAAAAUUUACUUACAGAUUAUAUUAAUCUAUUUGUAUUAUGGUGAUAUUUUAUAAAAUUAGGUUUAGUACUGAAGUCGUCUACAACUUUAUUUUGAAUAUGAUCAUAUUGAACUACAAAACUUGAAAAUUUAUACCUAGUAAAAGUAGAAACAGCAUUUUAGAUUGAUAAAUAUUUUUUUUUACAAUGUAAAUAGUCAAUAGUUAUUUGAUUAUGUGUAUAUAACAUUUGAAUUUGUAGGUAGUAAACAAAACCUUUUUGCAAUACCAAAUAAAUUAAUUUAUAAUAAGCAUCCACUGUACUACUCACAAAGCUGAUCAAAUGAGAGAGUGUAGAGACGCUCAACGUUUUUUCCCUUGAGUGAAAGGGCUCAAAAUUUAAGUAUAAUGAAUUCCUCACGACGUGCUAGUGGAGAUGCACUUCAAACUUCAGUUAACUUCGUAAAAACGAGUAGUGUAGUGGAGCCAUUACAUAUUAUAAAUCACUGACAUCAGCCAGUUAUCAGAACUGUUAGUUAACUUAAUAUAUUCAACAUUUUUACAUGGCAGCUAUACUUAUUAUUUAAAAACAUUAUUCAAAGUUGCAAAACUAAAUAUUGAAUCUUCAUUAUUCAUUAUUAACGACAAAAAGUAAAACAAAAA